AGCACUCAGUCCCUCUCAGCACCGCAGCCCCCCCUCCCCCCUCAUUCACACAUUUGUUAAAUUCUAAGCCCUCGCAUCCCGCAAUGUCGGCCGCCAGCACCGAGACUAGUGCCCCGCUGCCCACCGCCGGCAGCCGCGUCUUCUUCCAACCUGCGACCGCGGUGGGCUGCGUGGGGUCCGGCCCCAUCACCGGGGACGACCCGGUCCAGAAGAAACAGGGCAAAGUGACGGUCAAGUACGACAGGAAAGAGCUGCGGAAAAGACUCGUCCUGGAGGAGUGGAUCAUUGAGCAGCUCAGCGAGUUGUACGACUGUGAGGAGGAAGAGAUGCCAGAGGUAGAGAUAGACAUAGAUGACCUGUUGGAGGUCAACAGUGAUGACGAGAGAGCCAGCAAACUGCAGGAAUCAUUAACAGACUGCUACAAACCAACAGAGGUCUUUGUCCGUGAGUUGCUGGGCAGGAUAAGGGGAAUGAGAAAACUCAGUGCGCCAACUAAGAAGGGCCUAUAAUGGCUGUAAUGUCAACCAUCAACCACUACGUCAUCUCAGCUCCACCUACUUAACCCACUCAACAUGGACCGUCAUCACAAAGAAUAACUUAUCUAAACAUAACAGCAUUAGCAACUAUUCUGCAACCUGCAAACAUGCACCACGAUCUCCAUGCAUAUAGCACUAGUCAUUCAUUUCACAAUCACAUAGAAUAAUAAGUGUAUUAUAAUAUUUGACUGUUGAAAGGUACUUAAGCAAAAUAGAGCCAACAUGGUUCAAUAGCAUACAGCCACAAUAAAAUGUCAAGCCCUGGAACGUGCCAGAACUGCAACUGUGCUUUAACAUGAAUACCAUCUAAUUCCACAUUUCAGAGCCAUGUUAGAAGCCAAUGCUGUAAUCCCAACAGCCAUACUGUCUAAAACACCAACAAAUCUCAAACAGGGAGGUGGUAAAAAAUGUUUGUACUGAAGUAGGUGUGAAAUUAGCUGUAGCACUAUGUAAACAGAGUGCUUCAUGAUUUGGUCAUUUGUUUACUGAGGUGUUUUGCUGUUACUUCUUUUUUUAAAAAAAAAGUACUGUAUGUUGCCAUUUAUUGUUCAUGUGAUUGAAAUGUGGUCUUCAAAAGUUUUCGUUUUUGUCCUACUUUAAAGUCGACGUCCUUAUCCUUACUCCGUCAGUGCUUGCAAAUAUAAGGGAUUUCUGUAGUUUUAUUUUAAGCACAAGGCUUUAAUACGUCAAUUCUGUCCUUUUGUGAUAUGUAAACUCUGGGAAGAGUGGGGAGAUUUUUGCAAACAAGGCUAAAAUAGUGUGAAGAUUUUUGCUUUUUACCCACUGUUCUAGUAUACUUUUCACCACAGUAAGGCAUGAUGGGUGUUGCAGUUCUCCAUAUGAGACUACAAAACCUGUAUGAUUGGCAUUCUUUCACUUAUCAUGUUAUGCUGUGUUGUUCAUUGCUCUCCCUCUUCAGAAUACAUAUCAGUUGGUCAUUUAGGUUUAAGCACAAAGCCCAAACAUUGUAGUUGUUUCUCACACUCUGCUUCACUUAACUCUGCUAACUUGCCUCUCUAAUAGUGGUUGAUGUUGCCUUUAAGGAUAUUCAGGAUCAGUUCACCUUUUUCUCAGCACUGAACCUUAACUACUGACAACCUAAAGGCAAAAACGGUCAAGUCAGAACCUGAGGACAACUUGAAACUUUGACACUUAAACUUGUCAGGUCCUGUAAGGGAAGGUGUGCCAAAACUGGGAGUAUAACAUCCUAAAUGUCAUACGUCAUGGAGGCAUUAGUGCGACACAGCAUUUCCACAGAGAUUGUUUGUUAAGUUUGUGAAACAUCUUCAGGUGGAUGCAGAAUUUUAAGAUGUUUAAAACUUUUCCAGGUUGCAGAAAAUAUGUUGUAAUUGCAUAAUCCCAGGUUUAAGAGGUGGAUUUAGUUAUUUAUUGUUGUUAAUGACCUUCUGUGCACCAACACACUCAAAAACAUGUAAGCUCUGGUACAAUCAUAACUCUUGUUAUGGGGUUGGGCCUAGUUUCACUUUUGAGCAGGCAAUCGCGAACCAACUGGAAUGGAGCAGACUUAAACCUGCCAUGUGAAAUAUACCCUCAGCUGCCAAAGACAAAAGCAGGGCAAUGUUUGAUUUUAACAUAACAUUUGCAAAGCACCCGUCUUGCAUGCUAACAGCAGAGAAAAAAACACUGAUAAAGAGUAUAGAUAUUAUGAACUUAUAAUCAAGCAAAAAAUACUUUUUUGACUUAGCUGCCAUGUCUGACUUUGUAGAACAUUUUGUGUUGAAACAACGUAACUCACGUUGGAGAGAAUCCAGGAAAAUUUUAAAAAUGGUGCUGUUUUUGAUGUUCUUCCCAGGUUUUGGUUGUAUAAGACACAUUUUCACUGUCAAUUGAUGCCAGAGAAAUGUGUCUGCAAGAAAUGUAUGUCGUUAUUGGUGGGUUGCAUACAGUCUAAAGUGGCGUCCUCUUUGCAUUUCCUUUCCUCAGCCUUAACUGGGCUGAUGAGUGUCACCACACUUAGCUAGCAACGGUUGAUUUGUUUGAAAAAGAUCAUGUGUUUUUCGGAUCAGUGAAUUGGAAGGAAAAGUUGAAGAGGAAGCCAUUAUAGGCAACUGAGAUGCAUCCAAGAUUCAUGUCGAGGUACUCCAUAGGAUUUUCUCUGUCAAGAAACAGUUCAGGGGCAAUAGGCUGAUAUUUUAUAAUUUAUGGGAUUUCAUGUGGAAAGUAUUUUGAAAGUGUCCAUACUAGAAAGCUUUACGUUUGCAUGUAUUUUUAAAGUCGCAUGUUGAGGGGAACAUUUUGUUGGCCCAAAGGUUUUUAUUUCACAAAGUAAAACACUUUCCUUUUUAUACCUUUAUUAUUAAGACUAAAAUAUUCGGUUUUUCAGCUGCAGUUUUGUUUUUCUGUACAUCCACAAUAAGCGUUCUUGUUUUUAAAAUGUAAUGUGGUGUGUAGUUUGUUUUUGCUGAUAAUAAAAAUGCAGAAGGACUCUGUACUGUUUAAACAGA